CUCUUCCUAACCCCCACCAUUGCCCCACCCCCACCAUGGAAUCGGAAUCACAGCCAGCUCUCACACCAUCACCUCCACAAGCGACGUCGGAAUCACAGCCAGCUUCCACGACCGGCGCCAACAAUACCCAGCAAAUCUUUCUCAGCACCCUAACCUGGCGCAGAUCCCUUGCUGCCCUUUUUUGCAGUGUCUCGCUCUGGGCAAGCUAUGGCUCUUUCGUCAUGGCUACAUCUAUCCCACAGACAUCAAUGAAAAUACUGUAUCUCAUCCUAGUACUCGUACCAGUAGCAAUCAUGAGGAGUCCCCCAGAUGAAUUGCUGAUAGCGGCGGACUGGUUAUUAGGUUGUGUGAUACACCUUGCCCUUCUGGACACCAGGACAACAGCAGCUGCACUGAUGCCUGAAACCCCUCAUCUGCCCUCAUCAAUUCCACCCUGGCUGGUUGCCACAUUCCAAUUGCUAUCAACUGUCCUUACAUUAAUCCUAUACCCCUGCAUGGCUGUUCUUCUCCCAGGAACAGCCAUACCCUCCAUGGUAAUUUUCAUUGAGGGGGAGUUCAGGUGGGAAAGGAUGGGUCUGUUUGGUCAUGUAGCAAUGAGGCUAUACAACAUUGUGGUCAAUAAAUCAGUAAGUGUCUGCCAUAUAUUAUCAAAGAACAGAUAUGUAUAUGGGAGUGGUUUUUUUCUUUUUUCUAGCUUGGAUCCAACGGACAUGGAGAAUCAGACCACACAAUGAACUUGUACUUGCCAUUCAAAAUUUUGGAUCGGGACUGAUCACAUGUUCUAGACACAACAAGGCCAACCCAAGAAUGAACAGA